UUUGAAAUGGUGUGGAGCGGCAAAGUGAGAAGGAUGGAAAAAAGAGAGCAAGAAAAAGCCAAAAACUGGACACAUAUUUUGUUCGUUGUCUUGGAGAUGAAGCGGAGUUUUUUUGUUGGCAGCGAUUCAGACACGCCAAAACUGCCAGCCCAGCCAGGGAGCCAGGAUAGUUACAGUUGCAUCAGUGGCAUUGCUGCUCUCCCACAAUGCAUUGCCAGAGGCGUUUGUGUUCAUCCGACAGAUCAGUAUAACCAUUACCUCCACUCCUUCUAACCCAAGUCAGAGCAACAAAACUGGAAGGUUCUCCCUUGUCUCAACUUGUUAAUUAACUGCAGCUAUGUCUGGAUCUGGUGACUUACCAGCCAUCGAGGGUUCUGGGAUGGGUGGGAUGAAACUCCCUGUUGGAAUGACUCGACGGGCCCUCAGCUACGACGACAACCUGGAGGCCCCCAUGUCCACGCCGCCUCACGACAUCAGCAUCAACAACCUGUGGAGGCGGCCUGUAAUACCGGAGAGGAAGUUCUCCCAGCUGGCUGAGGAGGAUGAAGGCGGCGCCGUCAAACAGGCUGCCGGGCAGGAUGGCGCCCUCUUCAAGGCUCCAGCUGUAGUGAAAACUAAGGCUUCGUCCAUCAUCAUGAAUUCUCUCAUCACCAAACACACUCAGGAAAGCAUGUACAAGUUUGAGCAGACGGUGGGCCUCACCGACACCAGUUACACUCCACACAAAGGCCUGACAGCGGAGGAGACGAGACACCACCACCGCGUCCCCGAGUCCCUCCAGAAGCUGCAGAUCCAAAGCCUGGAGGCCAGAGAAGAGAAAUCCUCCUCUGCCCAGUCCACUCCAUCGAACACUCCGCACAGCUCGCCGAAGCAGCAGCGCAGAGGCUGGUUCGGGAGUACGGGGUCAGAGGUCAGCAUCAGCUCCUCUAACAGCAGUGUGGACAUGGGAGGAGGAGGAGCGGCGGGAGAUCCAGGCGUAGGUGGAGCGGUCGAGCGGUGGGGCGUAUUUGGGCCUCGACUUCCUGUCCAGAGUUCAGCCUCUGACGUGGGAUCAGACGGUUCUGCUGCAGCAGGCUUUGCCAUCCAGGCGUACCGUGGAGCCCAGAAGCCGACCCCCAUGGAGGUGAUGAAGUCGCAGGCCACACGGCUAGUUGACAACCCCCAGAGGGUGUCCCCACCCAAAAUGGAGAUCCCCACGGUGGAGGGUCGGCGGCAGGGAGCGCGGCCACACAAGCUCAAACACCGAGACAUGAACAUCCUGACGCCGUCCGGCUUCUGAGACGAACGCCGUCGAUACGACCAAGGUCCCAUGACAUGAAAAAAACACCCUAGAGUUCCUCAUUUUACUGUUCACAGUCCCUUAUUGUUCAGGUUAAACAGAAACAUGAGUCUUACUGUUUCCAAAGAAAUUCUUUUUGUGCUUGCUGCUCAUUUGAUGUUUAUAUUUUCUAUAUAUCAUUAAUAAAAUAAACUCCAGUCAGACUGAAAGCAUUUUAAACCCCCCUGGGUUUCAUUUAUUUAUUCAGGAGGAAUUCAAAAUUUAUUGAAAUCCAUUGAGUUUGUAACUUUGUAUGAGAACAGUGACCAUCUAUUAUAACUGUAAUGUCAAACAAGUGGCUAGUUGAACUCCAGCUGAAGGUUUUUCAGAACCAGAGCUCUAAAGUUCAGACGUUCGGCAGCUCAGACUGUGUUCAUGCUAGAGCAUAUAGCUUCGGUUAGCUAAUCUCUAAAAAUAAUGUUAAAUAUUUUCUUUCCUCAUGCUUUUGGUUUAUGUCACCUUGUUUAUUAUGUUGAUAAUUUUUAACCAUCUUUUUUGUUUGUUUUACAAAAAAUAGCUAGCAUGAAAAACAUAGUUUCACCUUUGGAUUAAUUCAUAGGCAUUUACCCUCAUUUCAUCCCUUCCUGCUUCACACUCAUGUACAUUACUAAUUUUUUGGUUGUUUAUAUUUUUAGUCAAGUAUUUUCAUGAAUUAUGCAGAUAUAUGCGCAUAAAAAAGUCAAAUCUCAUGUAAAACGUAAUUAAUUCCGCUUCAUUUUGUCUUAUUUCCAUUAAUCCUUAUGAAAAAUGACGCCCCGAUCAAACCAAAAUAACUCAGAGCGACUUUUUAUGUUGAAUGUUAUUUGAGUCACAUUUCCUGAGCAUUAGAGCCAUUGCAUAUAAAAGAUGAAAUGAAAGAAAUAAUGUCUCCAAACUCAGAAAUUCUUACAUUAUCUUCAUAUAUUUAUGAGAAAACAAUUAGAUAUUCUCCAAUGUGGAAUGUAGAAUGUUAAUACAGGGGAAAAAAAGUAAUUCUACACGAUUAAUGCAUAAAUUGUGAUAAUUAAGCUGAUGUAUUUGCUGACUUUAUGUAAUCAAAUAUUUGCUACAAAAAAUGCAAGUCGUACAUUUUUCCUGUAUGUGAACAUCUCCAGUGUUCAGACUCACUGAUUAGGCGUUUAUUCCAGAUCCUGUUUGAGGCAUUCAUAGUGAAUCCAAACCCAGAAUAUCUAAAUUCUUUUUCUUGCAAAUAUUUAACAUUAAUGUAGAAGAUUUUAAGGGUUUUUUUUUUUGCAGAAAUUAGUUUUUUGUUUAUUUAUAUCUCCAACAGCCCAGAUACUCUGUCAUAUUGACGGCACUCUGAGGAAAAAUCUUCUGAAUUGACAGCUAUCACAGUCUAAACUCUGUUGUAUUCAUCUCACUAUUUUUGCUGGGCACCCAAAAAAAAAAAAUCACUUUUCGUGGGACCUUUGAGCCGUGACCACUUAGUAUAAACUUUCCAACAUGUCCGCCACAAACAACUCAACAGAAAAACAGUAAAACAUUUCUAUAUGUGCUGAUGUUGCGUGUAAAAUCAAAUCCUCUCUUUCACCUUUUGCUGUUUAAACUGUUAUGUGAAGCUUCAACAGACACCUGCUGUUUUGUUCAGCUGAAGUUAAAACGUGAUUAUGGUCCCAGAUGUAACGAUGCACUUUAUCCCCUGUAGAAACUGUUUUCAUUUGCCUUGUUGAUGAGGCACCAAGCAGGACGGGACGAAGAUGUCGAACCACUUAAGUGUUGAUCAAACCAACAGAG